UCGUGGGGAGCGGUUGGCCUGCGGGCGGUACCAUUGUUCACUGAGGGGAGGGGGGGCAGUGGGAGUUCGAGAUGUCAGUUGCAGUACAACAAAAGGUGGAAGGUGUGCAGACAAAAAACGUUUCGGAAAAUGCUAGACGGCGUCGCCGUUUCGUUUGUGAAUGGUUAAAAGCAGCGCAGAGCAAUCUCUCCAACAACAAUGAGUCGGUUGUUAACCUCUCAACCCCUCACAGGUGCAACUUGUUGCCCAGUGGACAUGAAUGAGUUAAUCAUGGGAUGACAAAAAUAUACAAUUAAGCAGUCUACAUUUAUAUGAUGGCCAAGUCGGAUGUUUUAUGUGGAUACCCUGGUUAGCGUGCUGUAAUAAUUUAAAUGUCUGAAUGUAAUGAUGUUGCUUUUCUUUCUCUAUAUACAGGAGGUCCAUGAGCUGCUGGGCAACUAUGACUUGAAGUACUGCUUUGUUGACAAAUACAAGGGCACAGCCUUUGUGACACUGCUCAAUGGAGAACAGGCGCAGUGUGCCAUCAAAGACUUCCACCAGCAUGUGCUGCGGGACCGGGAGAUCUCCGUGCAGCUGCAGCCGACAGACGCCCUGCUGUGCAUCGCCAACCUGCCCCGCGCUUUCACCCAGCAGCAGUUCGAGGAGCUGGUGCGUCCCUUCGGUAACCUGGAGCGCUGCUUCCUGGUGUACAGCGCCUCCACGGGCCACUCCAAGGGCUACGGUUUCGUGGAGUACAUGAAGAAGGACUCUGCUGCCCGGGCCAAGUCGGAGCUGUUGGGAAAGCAGCUUGGCUCCCGCAUGCUGUACGUCCACUGGACCGAGGUGGGCUCCCUCACGUAUCCGCUCCUGCACUCUAAAUGCCUGUGUGCUGACCGCCUGCCCCCGAGCCUGCAGACCGCCCAAGACCUCCGCAACGCCCUGGCUGACACCCAUACGCCCGUCUUCUGCCAGUUGGCUCAGGGACAAGAUGCGAGUUUCCGGCGGUUUACCGUGUUGGAGUUUGCCUCCGCUGAGAUGGCCGAGGACGCUCAGCGACUCGCGGACGGCAGGUUGCUGGGCGGGACGCACAUCAGGGUGUCCUUCUGUGCCCCCGGCCCUCCUGGAAGAAGCAUGUUGGCUGCUCUGAUUGCUGCCCAAACCAUGGCUGUCAACAGGGGUAAAGGUCUCCUCCCCGACCCUACAGCCAUGCAGAUUCUCACAGGCCUCAACAACCCCGCCACCCUCAAGAUGCUCCUCAACCCACUGUCACAGGGACCCAAACAAGGCCUCCUCGGGGCAGCCCCUACGAUGCCCCUGCUGGCCAACCCCGCCCUCUCCGCCGCCCUGCUGCAACUGCUCCUUCAGAACCAGGCCAAGGCCCAGCAGCAGGCAGGACUCAUCGGGGAGAAUCCUCUGGCUGUCCAGCAGGGAGUCCAUCUGCUCGGAGACCUGCCCCAAGGUGGUGUAGUCCCGGGUCUUGAUCCCUUGGCCCCACUAAAGCCAAUGCAACUUGGCAGAGCGCUGAGGGAGCAGGAGUCUCCCACAGUGAUGUGCUCCUUCCCCCAGACUUCCUCUCCUGCUCUGCAGGGCCUCUCCAUGCCCCUGAUGGGUGGCAUGAUGGGGGCAGAUGGCCUCACAGCGCAGGGGGCAUCCAUACUGGGAGAUCCUCCCAAAGAUGGGAACCAUCCUCGGAGUGCCUUCAUCGGUGUCGACAAUGUUUUCCCCUCAGGAGGAAGCUGCAGACCUCACCCCUACAAAAAGAGGCCCACACUAAGUAAUGUGUCUAACCAGCACACGCACCAGAGCAUUCAGGCCAACUACAACCUGCGCUACCAGGAUUCCUACAGCCCAGAAUAUCCUCCUCUACACCAGGAUCCUCUGGUCCACUUGUAUGAGCAGCAGGAGAACCUUAGUGCUGAAUCCCUGGCAGGAUUCGGUCAGCAGCUCUCUCGUCAGCCCGACUACAGUGAGCGUUUCCCCAGCUACAGUUACCCUCCCAGUGAACCCAUGUCCUCCUACUUCAGCUCAGAGCCCGAGGCCUCCAGUAACGGUGGCCUCGCUACCACCCAUCUCAACCGGGCUGUGGGAAUGCCUCCUGUGAGCCACACCCCCAACUACCCACCAGGCCUGGGGAAUGCUGUGAAGACUCCCAUCGGUAGCCACAAGCGUUUGUUCAACCGGCUGAUCCCGUCCCCGGAGCCGAGCCCCGAGGGAGGCUAUGUGGGCCAGCACUCCCAGGGCCUCGGUGGUCACUACGCGGACUCCUACCUUAAGCGAAAGCGUAUAUUCUAACUGCAGCCGGAUGAGUAGCCUUCCAACAGCCAGGACACAAUGGCAUCAUCUCUGGUCUCUUCCAAUGAACUGCAUGGCAUGGUGGUCCUUGGAUUGGUAUGUGUACUCCUGGUAGUGACCCCUGGGGGGUGCCGCGGAGCACAGCCUGUUGCUAUCUGGACAGUUGUCACUCCAUUGGAAUUCUUGGUGGUUGUAUUUUUUUUCUGUCGUGUGUGUGUGUGUGUGUGUGUGUGUGUGUAUAUAUGAUUUUAGUGUGUUGGUAAAUUAAGUUUUUACUUUUUUUUAAUUUUUUUUAAUUUUUAUUUUUUUUAAUUUUAUUUGCCCUUUUCAUUUCCUGUUGAAAAACUUGUACAGUGAGAAAAAAAUGGUUAAUAAGCAGAUGAAGUAUUUCCUCUUAAGCCUUUUUUUUUUUUUUUUUUUUAAUAUUCCUGUGUUGAGUGGUGUAUCAGCAGAGCUACGGAUAGUUUGGCCACAUUUCAAUAGCAGCCGUAGGCUGCUUCUAUAAUGUUUGAUGUCCCACUAAAGUGAUGCUGUCGACAACUUCAGGCAUAGUGUUAAAAACAAGCUUUACUUUAAAGGCUCUACUUUUUUAAAUGGCCCUCCUAAUUCAUGUAAAAAGUUCGGUAGUUUGUAUAAUGAGAUGGUGUUCUGGUGUCUCUCUCCCCCCCCCUUUUACACAGGGUUGUUAAUUUAGCUGUAUGGCCUCUCCUCAUUGCUUGACAUGCAGCUUUCCAUCCACCAAUGACGGCUGUAUGUCCCUGGCUGUGUAUCAUGAAGCUUUCUACCACUCUUACCUUUUCCACGUCGUUUGUCUUUUGAUCCACACCCUCCAGCUUGUUCGCGGAGGCGGUUCUUCUACACUGGUUGUUAAGUGAUGCACUUGGAGGUCACGAUCCUAAUCUGUUCUCACCUCUUUGUAAAAUGCCUCCUCUCACUCAGAUGUUCAGGAGUUGAAUAUUUUCUGUGUUUAUGUGAGUUCUGUUUGCUAAGUUUAAAUUUUUGAAUGUCUUGAGGUCCAAACGCCUCACCUGACUGGUGGGGGUCGGGUGGUGGACAUGUGCCAUCUCUGGAGUCUGGGGAAGUACUAGUGGCAGGUGAUUGGUCGGUGACAUUUUUCUUUUUUCUUAUUAUCUGGUUGACAGUUUGAUUGUGAAAACCCAUUACCUCUGACGUCUGCUAGGAAAUGCAGCUACACUUGAGCCGUGAGUGUUCUCUGUGAUCUCAUCCUGCCCUGUGUUGGCUUCCAUCUACAUUUACCGUUUCUGUGUUCUUUGCCGUGUAAAUAGUUGAGCUUGAUCAUUUUUCCUGAGUCCAAACCGUUUUUGUUUUCUUUAAUCAUACCUGCCUCUGGUCUGGUGUUUUGAAUGGAUUUGCUGCUCCUCGUGUUUUUGCCUGUAUGCUUGGACAACUGAUGUGACGCCACAGCCGACGGCUCGUGUUGUGUACGGACCAAGAGAUGCAGCCGUGCUGUAUGAUGAUCAUUCAUUGUGAACUGCCAUCUUCUCCUCUGUACCUCCAUAGUUGUCUCUGUACGUGCGAGUGUGUGACGUGAGCAAGUAAAUGUUAUUUAAACUCA